UUUAUCCUUCGUCCUCUACUCGACAUUUGGCCCAAUGUACGGGCGCCCUCAACCGCCCAGCAAAGCCCUAUAUAUUAAGAAAAGAGGUUUUCCUAUGGAAGAACAGAAAGAUUGCAGUGAAAUUAGAUCGGAGCAAAUGGAAGAAAGCACGGGGAAAUCUAGGUUCACUUCCUUGCCCUUAGAGUGUGUUACCGAGAUCAUCUCUCGGACGAGCCCUCCCGACGCCUCUAGGAUGUCGGUGGUGUCCACGGAUCUGCGUUUCGCCGCGGAUUCCGACGCCGUUUGGGAGGGGUUCCUGCCGAAGGACUUCCAAAGCAUCAUCGCCGGCGCUGCUGGGUCGUCGCGGGCGGAGGUACAGUCGAAGAAGGAGCUGUACUUGCGCCUCUCCGACGAGCCUAUCCUCAUCGAAGGUGGCCUUAAGAGUUUUUCAAUAGAGAAACGUAGUGGGAAGAAAUGUUACAUGAUAGCUGCAAGAGCUCUUACAAUAGAAUGGGGUGAUACACCUAUGUAUUGGAAAUGGAUUUCUCUACCACAGUCCAGGUUCAAAGAGGUGGCAGAACUCAUCAGUGUAUGUUGGUUUGAAAUUCGUGGUAGGAUAAAUACUUGUUUGUUAUGCUUGAAGACAAACUAUGCAGCUUAUCUUGUAUUCAAUUCUACAACAGAAACCUAUGGAUUUGAAUACCAUCCUGUGGAAGUUUCAAUAGGAAUUAUUGGGGGCAGAAUAUCUACUCAAUCUGUGUAUCUAAAUCCUAGUAAAACGCAGACGCGACGAUUUCCAGUUGUACCAAGGCGUAUUGGGCGUUUUAAUCGUGGUUUAACUCAAUUGAUGGGGUUGCAAGCUUCCGUGCCUGCAGGUGGUAAUUGUCAACAUCCAAAGAAAAGAGAAGAUGGGUGGUUAGAGAUUGAAUUAGGUGAGUUUUUUAAUGAGGGAGGAGAUGAAGAGUUAGAGAUGAGUGUCUUAGAAGUGAAAGCUGGUAAUUGGAAGUGUGGCUUGAUCAUUCAAGGGAUUGAAAUUAGGCCAAAGGAUCGAGCAUAAUACCCUCAUGGACAUUAAAUGUUGCUUGGAUCAAAGAUCUAAGUCCUAGAAGGGUAUGCUCAUCAGGUGUCUUGCAUAUCUAGGGUGUAGGUUCCUCAAUCAUCUCAAAAUGAAUGCAGUUAUAGUCUCAUUGGUCAGUUGCUUAGUAGCCUCAAGCUCCUUCAUGGUCACAUCAAUGUCGCUAUUAAAAGUGUACUAAGACAAAAACUCAUGCAUAAGAUCUGCGCAACUCCGGAUCCUUGGAGCAUCGAGAGGAAGUAACACCAUUGCCACCUUUAAUUCCAUGAGCAUGGACUCCUCCGAUAGUCCAACCCACAACACCUUUCCACCUCAUUGAUUAUUUUGUCUAUGACUUCACCAGCUUCUAUAUUACCUACACCUGCAAUUUAUGGUACAAGGGAUUCUAGAUUGAGAAUGAGGCCAGGUAGAGAGGUUGGAGGGAUAUUCAAGGAAGCUAAGGACGAUUGAUGGUUGUGUGAUGGCAUGGGACAAUACAGAGGUGAUGCCCAUUGUUAGUUUGUCUAUUAAGUUCAAGAUGCCAGAUAUAGAGAGGUACAUGGAGAGAAUUGAUUGUCCUUAGAUUCAUCUCAGACUUUACACCACCAUGAUGAGUGUCCAUGGAUCAGAUGAGGUCCAAUUGAGCACCUUAUUCCCAUUGUCACUGAAUGAUGCUGUUUAGAGAUGGAUUGCUUCUCUAUGGCCAUCCAGGAUCUACACUUGAGAUGAUCUCAUGCACAAGUUCCUGCCUUACUAUGCUUUUAAUAGCGACAUUGAUGUGAUCAAGGGGGAGCUUGAGGCUACUAAGCAACUCUCCAAUGGGAUUAUAGUUGCAUUUAUUUCAAGAUGAAUGGCUAAGGUGGUCGAGAUGAUUGAGUGACCCAAAGAGCUGGAGGAUAUAGACAAUUCUGAGAACCUGCAACUUAGAUAUGAGGCAUCCGAUGAGCAUACCCUUCCACGACUUUAGAUCUUUGGUCCAGGGACAUGUAAUGUCAAGGAGGGCACCUUCAGAGGACUAUGGACAGAGGCUACUUCGUCUAACUUAGAUCCUGAGGAAAGAAGGUGAUGGGUUCCAUGAGAGCCAAGAGGGGGAGGUCAAGGCUGUUAGCUAUUACUCCCAGAGGCUCGUUUCUUUUGCCCCAGUUAGGCCAGGACAGCCCAUCAGGGCUCGUUUCCUUUACCCACAGAACCCUGAGAUUCAACCAACAUUACCAGCCUUUCAAGAAGCUCCGAGAGGUGGGACUAUUGAUUCCGAUGGCGCUCACCCUGGCUACUCCCCACCUCGUUCUCCUACACCUUCAUAUGCAUUAGUAUUAUCCAUGUCACCAGACUUGAUAUAUAGCAGGAUGGUCGAUAAUCACUCUGCACCGAAUGCGACACCAAAUCCUCUCUCUGACUGAUUCCAUGGAUGCAGCUAUUCCUCCUUGGCCGAACCUCAACCUGAUUGACCUGGAUGAUUUGGUUGAUUCUCAUUUUUCAUAUAAUGUCUUAGGACUUCUCUGUUCCAAAAUCCAUUUAUCUGGAUGUCAUUGAUGAUAAUUAUCAUGAGCAUUUCGUUCUAGGCUUU